AAGUGCUUCAAAUCAUUUUGGCCCUCAACCUCCACUAUAAAAGCUUCCUCUUCUACUGGCGCUCGCCUUCUCCGCCGAACACAGCUCCAUCUUCCGCACUUCAACCUUCCAAAUCGAAGUGGUCGUUUUCCUGAACCUUAGACUGCGGCAACCAUGGUGAAGGGAAGCAAGGGAGAAAGAGUCAGACUCUACGUCAGAGGAACUGUCCUUGGCUACAAGAGGUCGAAGUCAAACCAGUAUCCAAGAACAUCACUGAUCCAGAUUGAAGGUGUGAAUACCAAGGAAGAGGUCGCGUGGUAUGCUGGAAAACGCUUGGCAUACAUUUACAAGGCCAAAGUGAAGCAAAAUGGAACUCACUAUCGAUGCAUUUGGGGCAAAGUAUCCAGGGCUCAUGGUAACAGUGGCAUUGUUCGAGCUAAGUUCAAGUCAAACUUGCCCCCAAAAUCCAUGGGUGACAAAGUUAGGGUAUUUAUGUACCCCAGCAAUAUUUGAGUUCCUCUGAUCAGCUAGCUAGAGGUCAGGUUUCAUUUCUUUGUGGACUUGGAUGGAUCAAUAUUUUUCUCUUUUACUUUCUUCCUUCUGGACCCAAUGUUUAGGUGAUGAUGUUUUCAUGUAAAACUUGACUAAAUUUUCGACGUUCAUUAUGGAAUAGUACUUUCAAUUUUGACCGAGCUUCAUAUUAA